AUGUCUCGGACGAAUAUCAGCAACCUGCCUCUGGAGCUUGUCGUUCACGCCAUGGGUUUAUUGAGCACCCCGCAAGACCUCUGGGCACUGAUCAACACCUCGGAAUUUUAUCAUCACGCCUUCCAAUGCAGUCGCACCCACUAUCUUGGUGGCCGUGAUUCAAACGCAAUGCCGUAUGAAAGUAUUCACUACGCUGCCACUGCGUGCAAGGCCGGCGAGAUUGCGAAAUCAUGGUGGGUCAACAGCCCAGGAGCAUACUUCGUCGAAGCACGCACCGAAUUCCUGGAGAAUUAUCGGCAAGGUCGUCACAUGAUUGAGCUUGAUCGGCUCCAGUCUAGCUUCUAUUUGCACGAAACCUUCCGGCGACUCUUCCUUGCAUUUAUCGAAUACAGCGAACACGAAAGCGUUAGCAGUGAUUUGACAAUUUCAACGGAAGCACACAAGUUCCUGACACCGCGUCGACCUUGGAAGAAGGAGAUGCUUCUCUCCGUUCAUGAGUACCUCUCCGAAUUCACCAAGGAUAUUCUCAACGACACCAGAAACUACCUAGUCCGUUAG